UCUGGUUCCGUAAGGUGUUUACCACCCGCUUUGCCCGUUUAUCCUCAAGACUUUCUUACUGUGAGAUUUUUAAGGUGAAGUUUAAACAAAUUAAUCUAUCAAAAAAGAAAUCAUUAAUAAAAUGCAAGUGCGUGUAAUGAAUUCCAUGGGAAAUUUGCCCGGCUUUUGAUUGGAAUUAUUAUAAAACCGCUAGAUUUAAAUAUGAAAAAAUAACAAUAACGGUAGAAUUAAAAUUCAAAAAAAAAGUUCCAGAAAUUUUGAUGCUUAAAAAUUGGGCGCAAGUGCAAAUAAAUAAGUUGAGAUGUGUUCGCUACUGAAUCGAAAGAAAUCGGACAGAAAUCGGUGUCUGGCGCUGGCAGUGAGUGUUAUCCUGUUGUUACCAUUUGUCAGUGCUCUAUCACACCAAAAAAGUAGAAUUUUCAAUACGACAGACAAUUUUAUUAUCACGAGAUCGUUGAGAGAUGGUGAAACCAACAGAAUAUUUCAUUAUCGAGGCAUCUGUGGAAGAGAAACCAUUCUCAAUUGGGGGGAGACGAGUGUCGCACUGAGGGAGCUGGUCCUUGAAAAUAGGAAGAGACUGCAGCUGAUUUAUGAGGGUGAUAAUUUGACCGAAUGCGUGGACGUUAUAGACGUAAGAUCAAUAAGUGAGGAUAUCUGUGGUGCUGACGACCAAGACCAGAGGUACAAGUGGAUUAUUCGAGGCAGUCGAGUGCCUUCUGUGCUGGAUUGGCUUGGAAGUACUUCGGAGAUGGUGAGAAGGUGCCAUGGGGUCAGUACCAGGGCUAGGAGUCAUUUGUUUAGGCAACAGUUUCAGAGAAGGAGGGUGGAGAGGAGCCUCCAGCAGAUGGUGAUAGCCCCAGGGACCAAAUGGUGUGGUCCACAUCAUAUAGCUGCCUCGUACAAAGAUCUCGGUGGACUUGACAGUUUGGACAGGUGCUGCAGACGUCACGAUCAUUGCUGUCGCUCGAUACCGCCUUUUUCUGAGCGUUACAAUUUUUGGAAUUACAUGCCAUUCACGCUGAGCCACUGCGGCUGUGACCAAAGAGAAUGCAAAAACGUUACGACCCCGAGAGACGGGAUAACCCCUAACGGAAGACGGAGAAAACGAGAUGUCUUCAUGAUACCGGGUACGAAGUGGUGUGGUAGGGGUAAUCACGCCACCAAGUACACGAAUCUCGGUGGCUUCGGCAAAGCCGACGCAUGUUGCAGAAAACAUGAUACCGCUUGUCGAUUUUGGAUACCGGCGCUUGGAUCACGCUAUGGACUGGCCAAUUGGCGUAUUUCCACGCUCAUGCAUUGCUCGUGCGAUGAGCGCUUCAGAACCUGUCUGAAAAUGGCAGGAACAUCGUCAGCGAAUUUUGUGGGCAGAAUAUUCUUCAAUAUGGUGCAGACUAAAUGCUUCGUAUUCAAACCGCAGAAGGUCUGCACCAGGCAGUCGUGGUGGGGAAAAUGCGAGAAGUACAAGUAUAAGAAGCAGGCGUUCCUGCGUGACAAUGUUCCCUAUUAAUCAGCAUGAUGAUUUAAAGAAGAAAUCAUUUCUUCAUUCCAACUGUUGGGAGAUGUACCAAAGAAAGAAUGAGAAAUAGUGGGAUUUCUCGGGGAUUGCACAGGUGAAGACGUCUCAGAAGCAGUCAACGAAUCAUCAACAAGUUGUUGUUGUCAUCUGGGAUUCAAUGAGUGCGAGAAUUCGAUGAUUUUUUUGAGAUACCGUUCACUCGAAGGACAAUACAGAGACGAUUUUCAUGAUUAUGAAUCGAAGUGUCAUGAAAAUUGUCUUGAUAUUAGACAUAUCGUCUCUUUUGGGAGAUAAUAAGAGGAGGGGAAAAAUUUUAUAGGGGGUCGUACUAGUAAUUUUAAUGAUUCGUGAAUACUUGAGGAGAUGACAAAAUUUUUUAUCGGAAUUAAAAAUUGAGGAAAUUGGAGAAUGUUAAAUUGUCUCCUCAAGGUAUGUCUAGUGAUACGUGAGUUUAACACGCAUGAAAAAAUUCAAUAGAAAACCUAGCGAAUAUGGAAAAUUGUA